AGGACGGAAAUGAUGCGUCGCGCCGCGCAAGUGAUGUGCAGGGCCGCUAUGGCGCGCCCUGCCGCCGCGCCCAUGGACUCGAUGCACCGCACCGUCGCCGCCCCGAUCUACGCGGCGAGGCGCGCGAUGGGCGACAAAGCUCCGGUCUCCACCGACUGGGAGCACGCCACCGGUCUCGAGCUGAAGGAGCUCCAGGCUGCGGCUGAGGGGAAGGACUUCUUCGACCACUACGACUUCCUCAAGCAGCCCAACGGCACGAAGGAGUCGCCCGUGGUGGUGACGAGCUCGAUGCCCUACCGGGUGGUGGGUGCGACCGACCCGGACGACGAUACCAUCGUCCACUGGGGGCGCGUGGAGGCUGGCAAGCCCCCGGUGAAGAUCGGCAGCGAGUGGUUCGUGCACAAGGCUGAGGAGCCGCACUGAGGGCGAGUUACCAAACUACACAAACAUCACGGCGCCGGGAGUUGUAACUUGAUUUGUCGUCUUGGCGGGCCGAACGCCGGCGGGGUCGCCGCUCCUUAGAGGGGCGGUAUCGAUCGUGCGCGCGCGAGUUCGCGAGGAUGCCUGUAAUGCAAAAUUCAUCACCAUCCG